AAAUGUGGAAGGCUCGACAGCUGACGAGAAAAUGUUCAAAAGGCGGUGAGACAAAACUAACAAAAAAAGGUAUGUCUGUGAGUUUAUACAGUCAAACAUCCGCGCAUAGAGACCGAUUGCAUAUCUGUGAGAGAGAUGGGUGUGCGAAGAUUAUCUUUGGAAGAGAAAACGCUGAGAAGUACCGAAAAAGCAAGAAUCCACUAAAGCUCGAUGUCGCAUGUCUACCACCAUGCAGCCAGAAGGCAUCGCGCCGAACGGUGAAUGCCGUCGAGGCCAAGCGUGGUAGCGUUGCGCGGCGAACCACGGCACCGCUUCAGUCGAAUCCUCGUCCUGUUGAAGAGAACGUCGUCCGUAGCGCCCGUGUAGCGUCCGUCGUAGCGUGGAGCGUCUCUGUAUAAGCCAUCCGUAGCGUAGGAGCGGCUGAAAGCUGGCCGACCGCGCCGUCUUGUGAGAAAACGUGUUUCUCUUCUUCUCGUCUCGGUCUUCUUACGGUUUUUGUGUGCUUGCGAUGCUGAUGCUCCAGCCCGGUUACUAGGUACACGAAAAAUUCCUCACAGGAUUAUUCUUCUCUUGUGUUUUGUGCACGGUUUUGUGUUGAAGGAUCAGUUCUUUGUGACUCUUGUGCAUUUUGGAUUAUACUAUCAUAAGAAUGUAAGUGUUGUGCUUUUUUAUUGUGUUGCCUCUAUAAUCUGCGUUCAUUGAUCUAGACCAGCGUAUUUUCAUAAUGAAUUGGAUCUGUCAGUUAAAGCUCAA